AUACACUGUGAUGAAUGAAAUGGAUGUGCAUGAUUAUUUAGUGUGCAUCUAACGAAAUAUUUGUCGAUCGACACCGUUUUUAGUAAAAAUUUUAUUUUUCUUAAAUAUUAUCCUCGUAAAUCCUGAUAGGAUUUUUUUUUUUUUUUAAGAGGAGUGGAUAACCUGCUAUAGACAAUCAAACCGGUACAAUGGUGGACGGCUGGAGAAGGGCAAGGGGAGGAUGCUUGCAGCUGAAUAAUUGCACCAAGGUGAUAGUGCUGGGAGCUGGGACAAUCUGCACAAUAAAAUACCUGAAACCUUUAAAGAAAUAAGAAUUGUGCAGGUUAGAGCGCGCGCUCGUAAUUGCGCAUCUCGCGCGUCUUCGGUCACAUCCGAGUUUUAGAGCUCACGCCUAGAUUUAGGCUAUAUAUGAACCAUGAUGGAAUCCGACUAGAAGAAAUUGACGUAUUGCUCAUAUGCAUGGCUGUUUAAACGGACAGCAGAGAACGGGCACAGUAGGUGUUCCACGUUAGCCACUGACAGACCAUCCUCUCCCAGACGGAGCAAAGAAAGCUGCUGUCCUCGUGCAAAGGGGAAAGCAAGAGUACGUCCUUACAUGCAAGAAGAAUGACUGUUUGUUAACAGCUUGGGUGUGGUACAUAUUUGUCCUUUCUUCAGCUGGUUUACUGAUUGUAGUCUGUCAGAAUGUACGGCAGUUCUCGCUCUGUGAGCAAAAUGGAUGGCAAUCACAGUGGGAGCCGGAACAGCCAGGGCAACUCAGGCCGCUCUCCCCGGCUGCCACGCUCACCCCGAAUGGGACACCGCCGCACCAACAGCAUGGGGGGCAGCGGCGGUGGGCCUGGUGGCCCUGGGGGCAAAACUCUUUCCAUGGAGAACAUCCAGUCCCUCAACGCUGCCUAUGCCACAUCCGGUCCCAUGUACAUGAGCGACAAUGAGGUUGCACUCGCCACCUCCUCCGACAUCCCGAAAAGUGGCGUGGCAACCGGACGCUUCGGGGGCAGCAUCCCAUAUGGCGUGCGUGGAACAGUCACCGGGAGCACUCCUGACAUGGCCAUGGUGCCUACUGUGUCCACAGACUCCAUAAGCUUUGGAGGAGAGCUCCAUUCAGCAUCCACUGUGCCACAUUCAUUGCGCCAGGCCAGGGACAACACCAUCAUGGAACUGCAGGCGCAGCUGAAGGAGGUGCUCAGGGAGAAUGAGCUCCUGAGGAAGGAGGUGGAGGUGAAAGAGAGCAAACUCAGCUCAUCCAUGAGCUCCAUCAAGACCUUCUGGAGCCCUGAGCUGAAGAAGGAGAGGGCGCUGCGCAAAGAUGAGGCUUCCAAGAUAGCAGUGUGGAAGGAGCAAUACCGUGCCAUUCAGGAUGAGACUCAGCACCUGCAGACCACAGUGCAGGCGCUGCAGGCUGAGUUGCGCAUCCAACGUGACCUGAACCAGCUGCUCCAGCCACCAGGGGAGCCGCUUGCACUUGAGCCAGGCGAGGAGCAAGAAAGGCAGGCUCGUGAGCUUGUCCUGCUCCGCCGCACCAUUCAGGAGAUGGAGCUGCGGCUGGAGACACAGCGGCAGACGCUGGUCGCACGUGACGACUCUGUCAAGAAGCUGCUGGAGAUGCUGCACAACAAAGGGCCAUCAAGCAAGUCCAGCGAGGAGGACCAUGAGCUCACGUGCCGCCUAGCCGACGCCGAGAUGCAUGCACAUCACUUGGAGAACCUGCUGGAGCAGCGUGACAAAGAGAUGGUGGCUUUGCGGGAAGAGCUGCAUCGGCGCCUUGAAGGGACGCCGGAGUCUACAAAAACCAAAGCUCUGCAAACCGUCAUUGAGAUGAAGGACUCACAGAUCAGCUCUCUGGAGCGUGGGCUGAGGGAGUUGGAGGACCAGGUCAUGAUGCUACGCUCCAGUAACAUGCUGACUUGCGAGGAGCGACAAGAGGAGGUCAAGCAGAUGGAGGUCUACCGCAACCACACCAAGUUUAUGAAGAACAAGAUGGACCAGGUGAAGCAGGACCUCUCUAGGAAGGACACCCAGCUCCUUGGCCUGCAGACCAAACUCGAGACGCUUACCAAUCAGUUCUCUGAUAGCAAACAGCACAUCGAGGUGCUCAAAGAGUCCCUGACUGCCAAAGAGCAGCGAGCUGCCAUCUUACAGACAGAGGUGGAUGCACUGAGGUUGCGUCUUGAGGAGAAGGAAACACUGCUGAACAAAAAGAGCAAGCAGAUCCAAGACAUGUCUGAGGAGAAGAGCACACUCAACGGCGAGAUCCAUGACCUUAAAGACAUGCUGGAAGUCAAAGAGCGAAAAAUCAAUGUGCUACAGAAAAAGAUUGAGAACCUGCAGGAGCAGCUGAGGGAUAAAGAGAAGCAGAUGAGCAGCUUGAGAGAAAGAGUGAAGUCUCUGCAGACUGAUACAUCCAACACAGAUACAGUUCUCAGCACCCUGGAGGACUCACUGGCCGAGAAGGAAAGAAUUAUCGAGCGGCUGAAGGAGCAGCGAGACCGGGAGGAGAGAGAGAGAGCCGAGGAGCUGGACAGCAGUAAGAGAGAGCUGAAAGAGCUUAAGGAGAAAGUGAGCUUGCUGCAGGGGGACCUUUCAGACCGAGAGAAUUCUUUGCUGGACCUUAAAGAGCAUGCAUCAUCCUUAGCCUCAUCUGGGCUAAAAAAAGACUCCAAACUGAAAACUCUGGAGAUUGCCCUUGAGCAGAGGAGGGAAGAGUGCUCUAAAUUGGAGAACCAGCUAAAGAGGGCGCAGAAUGCAGCUGUUGAGGCACAGGCCAACUCGGAGCUCUCCAAGCGAAUUGCCUCACUGGAAGCUGAUGUGGCCAGGCACAGAGAGGAGUCUGGGAAGGCCCAGGCUGAAGUUGACCGACUGCUGGAGAUCCUACGCCAGAUGGAGAAUGAGAAGAAUGACAAAGACAGAAAAAUCAAUGAGCUCGAGAGUGUGGCUUCCAGGCAGAUGAAGGAGCAGGGCAAGAAGCCGCCUGGGAAACACAGGGAGCCAGCUGGCAAAGGCCGCAGCGCCAAUGAUGGCCCACAGCAGGAGUCUUUGCGACAGAAGGCAGAGCGCAUCGAGGAGCUGGAGGAGGCGCUGAGGGAGAGCGUACAGAUGACGGCAGAGAGAGAGAUGGUGUUGGCACAGGAGGAGGCGGCACGGACUCACCAGGAGAAACAGAUGGAGGAACUGCUCGGGGCAAUGGAGAAGGUGAAGCAGGAGCUUGAGUCAAUGAAAGCCAAGAUGUCAUCCACCCAACAGUCUCUGGCUGAGAAGGAGGCUCAUCUGACUACGCUGAGGGCUGAGAGGAGGAGACAUCUGGAGGAAGUUCUGGAGAUGAAACAGGAGGCUCUGUUGGCUGCUAUCAGUGAGAAGGAUGCUAACAUUGCCCUGCUGGAGCUGUCCUCGUCCAAAAAGAAAAAGACGCAUGAGGAAGUGGCGCAGCUACGAAGGGAGAAGGACCGUCUGGUGCAGCAGCUCAAACAGCAGACACAGAAUCGGAUGAAGCUCAUGGCGGAUAACUAUGACGAUGGCCAUCUGAAAACACCACCUGACCAGACCAACCACAAAGCUCCGAAAUCCCCCGAUCAGAUUAAAGCUGGGCGGAGAGCUGCAGUGCACAGGAGCUCCACAUUAGCCACCUGACUCCGUACAGCCAGAGAGGAGCCACCCCAUAUCCCAUCCCUGUUUGUGUACAAUUCAACCCUGACCAAAUCUCCCCACCCUCAGACAGGGCCUGCACACCAACACUUACUGUUGGAGCCUGGGUUGAUGAGAGUCAGACCGAAGCUGGGACUGUGACCUGGUCUCCUUUAAGAACAGCAGUAAAUGGACCUUUAAUUCCAGGAACCGCCAGCUGUGAUCUAACCCUCCUCUCUCCAGGAAUCCUCUUUGCCCUCUCCUCUCCUCUCAGCCUUUAUCUUCUGAUCUACAGAGCACAACAAGCCUAAAAUAGUCAUCUCCUUGUCUUAAAAGCCCCAAUCAGGAGUUUUUGGUCUGUUGGCCUCCAAUUUGUGUAUAAUCAAUCAAUCUUCCUGUAUAUACCGGAUAAUUAAUGAUUAAGUUUUAUGUUUGGAAUGAGCACCUGACAGCAAAUCCCCAUAAAAAGAAGUUUAAAAAAAUUCCAAAACAUCCUCGCUGGGGCUUAAAUGCAGGUGCAGUUGUCAAAUUCAGCAGUGUUAGCUGUGUUGUGAAUGCGUUUUUUUUUUCAUUUUCUACUUCUGAUUACUGUGUUACAUCGUCAUGGUUGAUUACAGACUUAGAAUGCCCUGCAACGUGAUGGGUGGUGCUAUGUAAACAUUUAAAAAGUAACCUGAAUGCCAAACGUAUAUAAAGUAUUAUGCAAAUUUGACAGCUGCAUCUGCCAUUAGACUUGUGAGACUUGCGUUAACUCGUUGCCGUUUAGGUAGCUACUUUCUUGCACUUUCUUUACUGGUUGUACGCUUCUUUUGAAAACCGAAGAACUUUAGGACAUAAGCAUUAUACAAGUGUUGAACAAGAAACAGCAUCUCACCACGUACGACAUUCUGUCAGUGGUGCAAAAUCAGGUACUGUACAUGUCACUUAAAUCCGACGUAACAGCUGCUAAAAUCAAUAGACAUAUAAUGUAUGAUGUGUUUUUGUAGUGUUCAUGACAGUCAUACAACUCUCGUGAGGUGGCUGUGGGCUUUCAGUUUAAGUGUUACUAUUUCUCUGUAUAGGCAGAAGAAGCACAGAGGUCCACUUUAGCAACUAUUACAGUAAAGUAGGCUCCAGAAAUCAUCCUGCCACAUCUAGAGGUCUGAUUUAGGAGAGCACAUUGCUGGUUUUAUGUUCUCUCCUAAACGGCAAUGUCAUUCGGUCUCUCUCUUGCAGUAAUUUUUUUAUGUUGCAUUUGUGGCCUAUUGUCUUUGUGUAUUAAAAAAAAAGAUAGUUCUCCUUGAAAAAAAAACAACAACAAAAGAGAUGAUAAAAGAUGAAAAGACACGGGUAUGAGCAUUCUGACUUUGUAUAAAUGUGUAUGUAUAUAAAUAUGUAUUAUCAGUGUUUUUA